AUGGCUCACAACAGGGAAAAGCAUUUUAGAGACAAAAAAGCGGUGGUCUUCCUCUCUGGCGGCGUUUCUAAUACGGACUUGAUACGGAACCAAUCCGAUGGCCGACCUGCGAGCCGCAGGCUGUGGUGUGGGGGACCAGGGAGAGUCAGGAGACACCGGGCAGCCAGACAGGCUGUGGCGUGGGGGGACCAGGGAGAGUCAGGAGACACCGGGCAGCCAGACCUGCAGGCUGUGGUGUGGGGGACCAGGGAGAGUCAGGAGACACCGGGCAGCCAGACAGGCUGUGGCGUGGGGGACCAGGGAGAGUCAGGAGACACCGGGCAGCCAGACAGGCUGUGGUGUGGGGGACCAGGGAGAGUCAGGAGACACCGAGCAGCCAGACAGGCUGUGGUGUGGGGGGACCAGGGAGAGUCAGGAGACACCGGGCAGCCAGACAGGCUGUGGCGUGGGGGGACCAGGGAGAGUCAGGAGACACCGGGCAGCCAGACAGGCUGUGGUGUGGGGGGACCAGGGAGGGUCAGGAGACACCGGGCAGCCAGACCUGCAGGCUGUGGUGUGGGGGACCAGGGAGGGUCAGGAGACACCGGGCAGCCAGACCUGCAGGAUGUGGUGUGGGGGACCAGGGAGAGUCAGGAGACACCGGGCAGCCAGACAGGCUGUGGUGUGGGGGGACCAGGGAGGGUCAGGAGACACCGGGCAGCCAGACAGGCUGUGGUGUGGGGGACCAGGGAGAGUCAGGAGACACCGGGCAGCCAGACCUGCAGGAUGUGGCGUGGGGGGACCAGGGAGAGUCAGGAGACACCAGGCAGCCAGACCUGCAGGCUGUGGUGUGGGGGGACCAGGGGGAGUCAGGAGACACCGGGCAGCCAGACCUGCAGGCUGUGGUGUGGGGGACCAGGGGGAGUCAGGAGACACCGAGCAGCCAGACAGGCUGUGGCGUGGGGGACCAGGGAGAGUCAGGAGACACCGAGCAGCCAGACCUGCAGGAUGUGGUGUGGGGGGACCAGGGAGAGUCAGGAGACACCGAGCAGCCAGACAGGCUGUGGCGUGGGGGACCAGGGAGAGUCAGGAGACACCGAGCAGCCAGACCUGCAGGAUGUGGUGUGGGGGGACCAGGGAGAGUCAGGAGACACCGAGCAGCCAGACAGGCUGUGGUGUGGGGGGACCAGGGAGGGUCAGGAGACACCGGGCAGCCAGACAGGCUGUGGUGUGGGGGGACCAGGGAGGGUCAGGAGACACCGAGCAGCCAGACAGGCUGUGGCGUGGGGGACCAGGGAGAGUCAGGAGACACCGGGCAGCCAGACCUGCAGGAUGUGGUGUGGGGGGACCAGGGAGAGUCAGGAGACACCGAGCAGCCAGACCUGCAGGAUGUGGUGUGGGGGGACCAGGGAGGGUCAGGAGACACCGAGCAGCCAGACAGGCUGUGGCGUGGGGGACCAGGGAGGGUCAGGAGACACCGGGCAGCCAGACCUGCAGGCUGUGGUGUGGGGGACCAGGGAGGGUCAGGAGACACCGGGCAGCCAGACAGGCUGUGGUGUGGGGGACCAGGGAGGGUCAGGAGACACCGGGCAGCCAGACCUGCAGGCUGUGGUGUGGGGGACCAGGGAGAGUCAGGAGACACCGGGCAGCCAGACAGGCUGUGGUGUGGGGGACCAGGGAGGGUCAGGAGACACCGGGCAGCCAGACAGGCUGUGGUGUGGGGGGACCAGGGAGAGUCAGGAGACACCGGGCAGCCAGACAGGCUGUGGUGUGGGGGACCAGGGAGGGUCAGGAGACACCGGGCAGCCAGACAGGCUGUGGUGUGGGGGGACCAGGGAGAGUCAGGAGACACCGGGCAGCCAGACAGGCUGUGGUGUGGGGGGACCAGGGAGAGUCAGGAGACACCGGGCAGCCAGACCUGCAGGCUGUGGUGUGGGGGACCAGGGAGAGUCAGGAGACACCGAGCAGCCAGACCUGCAGGAUGUGGCGUGGGGGGACCAGGGAGAGUCAGGAGACACCGGGCAGCCAGACCUGCAGGAUGUGGUGUGGGGGACCAGGGAGAGUCAGGAGACACCGAGCAGCCAGACCUGCAGGCUGUGGCGUGGGGGGACCAGGGAGAGUCAGGAGACACCGGGCAGCCAGACCUGCAGGAUGUGGCGUGGGGGACCAGGGAGAGUCAGGAGACACCGGGCAGCCAGACCUGCAGGCUGUGGCGUGGGGGGACCAGGGAGGGUCAGGAGACACCGGGCAGCCAGACAGGCUGUGGUGUGGGGGGACCAGGGAGGGUCAGGAGACACCGAGCAGCCAGACCUGCAGGAUGUGGCGUGGGGGGACCAGGGAGAGUCAGGAGACACCGGGCAGCCUGACAGGCUGUGGUGUGGGGGACCAGGGAGGGUCAGGAGACACCGGGCAGCCAGACAGGCUGUGGUGUGGGGGACCAGGGAGGGUCAGGAGACACCGGGCAGCCAGACCUGCAGGAUGUGGCGUGGGGGGACCAGGGAGAGUCAGGAGACACCGAGCAGCCAGACCUGCAGGCUGUGGCGUGGGGGGACCAGGGAGAGUCAGGAGACACCGGGCAGCCAGACCUGCAGGAUGUGGCGUGGGGGACCAGGGAGAGUCAGGAGACACCGGGCAGCCAGACCUGCAGGCUGUGGCGUGGGGGGACCAGGGAGGGUCAGGAGACACCGGGCAGCCAGACCUGCAGGAUGUGGCGUGGGGGACCAGGGAGGGUCAGGAGACACCGGGCAGCCAGACCUGCAGGCUGUGGUGUGGGGGACCAGGGAGAGUCAGGAGACACCGGGCAGCCAGACCUGCAGGAUGUGGCGUGGGGGACCAGGGAGGGUCAGGAGACACCGGGCAGCCUGA